AUGUUUCCAUAUUUACACGGUGCAUGCAGUAGAUUCGCGAAAAUAACUCCCACAAGCCAUGAGCGUGAGACUUAUGGAAAAUAUGAUGCUGAAAGCAGAGGCAUAUUGGCAAAAAAAAUGGCUCAAUUUGAACCAAAUUUCAUAGAACCGCCCGAUGAUCUCCGGAGGGAACUUUUCGCACGUAGUAUAAAAAGCCAAACGGAAAAAGCGAACGGAAGGUGUUGUUAUGAUCACAAUGCUGGUUGGGAUGAAGUUUCAAGUCCACUCAUUUGUUAUUGUGUAUCUGCUCGUUUCAGCAACGAAAUUAUUUAA